GGGCUGGUGUUUGACUCGAGAGCGCAGCUGCGGGCCUGACUCAGCUCAGCGGCCAUGUUGUUGGGCUUGUGAAAUAAACACCGGAGCUCCGUUAUUUGCAGGUUAUGAAAUUUAUGUUUGUUGUACGUUAACGCUAAGAAGGCACUGCAAAUAUCUGGUCAGGAGCUGCAGAAUGACACGUUGUUUUGCUUGUUAAACAUGGCUGUCAGGAAUGCUACGCUGCCCUGAGGAGGUGGACGAGGAGGAGGAGGAGGAGGAGGUUCGCACUGCUGGUUUCAUAGGGUUGUCGCUAAGCUGACGGGCCUGCUUGGCUGUCCAUAUUGUGUUGUGUGUGUUUGGUUUCAUCUCAAGUCUCCCCACUAGCAUGGAUCAGGACUACGAGAGAAGGCUGCUUCGGCAGAUCGACUUCCACAAUGUAGGAGACAACAUCCCGUCUUCAUCUGCAUCUGUGAACUCUCUAGCCAGUCUGCACAAAACAGGAGAUCGCUUCAUACCAGCUAGGGCCGGGUCCAACUGGAGCAUCAACUUUCACACCAUAAACGAGAACGGAAAAUCUCCAAACCAGAACAGAAAGUCAAAGGAAGCCAAUUCAGACAGCGGAAAAGCAGACAGUGUUGCCUACGCUGCGCUGCUGAAGAAUGAGCUGCUGGGAGCCGGCAUUGAGAAGGUGACUGACCCCCAGACUGAGGACCGCCGCUUCCAGAUGCCCAUGCAGGAGCGCAGCAACCUGUUCAGGUAUGCUUUGAACUGCAAGAAAGCACCAGCUGACGACGGCAAUGAGAUCUCUCCCUACUCGCUGUCCCCCCUCAGCAAUAAAAGUCACAAGCUGCUGCGCUCUCCGCGGAAGCCCACCAGGAAGAUCUCAAAGAUCCCCUUCAAAGUGCUGGACGCCCCGGAGCUGCAGGAUGAUUUCUACCUCAAUCUGGUGGACUGGUCCUCCUCCAAUGUGCUGAGUGUGGGGCUGGGGGCCUGCGUCUACUUGUGGAGCGCCUGCACCAGCCAGGUGACGCGGCUGUGUGACCUGUCGGUGGACGGGGACUCUGUGACAUCGGUGUGCUGGAACGAGAGGGGGAGCCUGGUGGCUGUGGGAACGCACAAGGGCUACGUGCAGAUCUGGGACACUUCGGCCGGGAAGAAGCUGACCUGCCUGGAAGGGCAUUCGGCCAGAGUGGGAGCGCUGGCUUGGAAUGCAGAGCAGCUGUCGUCAGGCAGUCGGGACAGACUCAUCCUGCAGAGGGACAUCCGCACCCCACCCCUGCAGGCAGAGCGCAGGCUGCAGGGGCACCGGCAGGAGGUCUGCGGACUCAAGUGGUCUCCAGACCACCAGCACCUGGCCUCGGGGGGCAACGACAACAAGCUGUUUGUGUGGAAUAACUCCAGCCUGAGCCCGGUGCAGCAGUACACUGAGCACCUGGCUGCGGUGAAGGCCAUCGCCUGGUCCCCCCACCAGCAUGGGCUGCUGGCCUCCGGGGGGGGCACUGCUGACCGCUGCAUCCGCUUCUGGAACACGCUGACCUGCCAGCCCUUGCAGUGUGUCGACACGGGGUCCCAGGUGUGCAACCUGGCCUGGUCCAAGCACGCCAACGAGCUGGUCAGCACUCACGGCUAUUCACAGAAUCAGAUCCUGGUCUGGAAGUACCCCUCACUCACACAAGUUGCCAAACUCACAGGACAUUCCUACAGAGUCCUCUAUCUGGCUAUCUCUCCCGACGGGGAGGCGAUUGUGACCGGCGCCGGGGACGAGACCCUGCGGUUCUGGAACGUUUUCAGCAAAACCCGAUCCACCAAGGAAUCCAAAUCCGUCCUCAAUCUCUUCACAAGGAUUCGAUAGGGAGGGAGAGCGGGCUCUGUCGGACUGCAGCAGUGCACGCUGGGAAGCAGAGAAAGCCUUGUUCCGACAGCAUUGGGCAGAGAAAGGUCCUCUCGCCCCUCCAAGUGAGCAGUCAUUGGACUUUGCAGUGCCAGUCUGGAGCUGACCAGUGAAGCCAUGGCCAGUUCCCUACUCAUUACUGGUUUGCCAGUGAAAUAUUCUAUUAAUUUUUUGGGAGGGGGGAUUUUUCUUAUUAUUUGAACCCAGUUGGGUUCUAGCUAGACACUUUUUAAAGUCAUGACAUUUUUCAAAAGGCACUAAAAAAAUUAUUUUAUUGUAUGGACAGUUAUAACAAAGGUGGCCUUUUACUUUGACUUCCAUGGACCUGUCUCCAGGGUGUUGUCCCUGACAGUGUGUGUGCAAUAGCAGACUUCUUCCUCUUGUAUCUUUCCAUACCCUGGCAGCUGGAAAAUGAAUAUCCCUGAAACUGGAGGAGUGUAAUGGAAUGAAACAGAACUACAGUACAUCUAUCUGUGAGCACUUUGAGGACUGGGUUUUUUUUUUUUUAAGCUCAUUUUUAUUAAAUCAAGUUUGCAGUUCAUGAAACACAGUUUUAGAAAGAGCUUAUCAUUUUUCAAAGCACCAUUUCACAUAGGAGAAUGUUUAUUACUCUUCAAACCAGUUCUUACAGUGACAGCGCCCAGUAAAACCAGAGCUUUUCUGUAAUGAAACCACCCUGUAUCACUUUGCUGUAUAAUCGGUUGACAGAAAACAGUGCAAAAAAAAACAGUAGACCAACCAUUCAGUUUGUGCAAAGGUUGCGUCUUUCUCUACCAACGAAAAAAGAAACUCUGAAAACUAACUAAUCCUACUUUACCCUAGUAGUAAUAACAAACCAGUGUUGAGAUAAUACUCAGCCUGGCAUCACCGUCCAUUUUUCAUCAGACUCAUGCUAAAUUCAUCCUAAAGCUACACAGUUUCAGGGAAAUUCAGUCCUCCUGGAUCUACAAGCUGUAAUGCGUAUGCAUUGUCUACAUAUGGAGAAGUCUACAGUAAGCAUAUCAUCCGGUAAAUAUCUCUAGUGUGACUAUAUGGGCCAGAACUAAACUAGGAUGUGAUUGUUUUUGGAGCUUCACAAAAGGCAUCUUUCUGCUACCAAUACACCCUGACUACAAAAUAAAGUCAGAUGUAUUAGCAGAAGAAUUUGUUUUUACAUAAAAAAUAAUAAUUACAUGAAAGAGAAAAAAGGGCCAUUUAAAACAAGUUACCAUGACUAUAAAAGCUUCUUUUAUAAAAAAAAAAAAACAGAACUGCUUGCAUAUUUAUUUUCUGGUUUGUGGAAAUGCAGCUGCUAGAAUAUCCAACAAUGCAGCGCGGUUCACAAUGUAACUGGCACAUAACUCCAGUCAGGGCCCCCUCGGCGUGCGGUCAGGGCUAGCAGAGAGGCGACGCGUACUGCUUGGGGUAGGGGGGCUUUACCAAUGUAGUGCAGAACGGGGGAUGAAAUAGAGCACUGUCUUCAUGCACAAUAAAUACACUUGAUUAAAACA